UUUCAUAUUUUCUGUCUCCAACGGUGAAGUCACAAUACGCAGAAAAAUCCAAAACUGAGGUCCUGGAUCAGUUCAAGGAAAGCAGCAAGAACACUUCAUCAGACGCAACAGUCGCAGUGCCGCGUGCAGCCACUCGUGACAAACCUGCGGUGAAUAAACAUCAAAUCAUAGUAGAUUUGAACCAACGUUUACGCGACCUUCAAAACGAAUUGGAAUCUUCAAGACUUCAACAGAAAAAAUCGGUUGGUUUGCUGAACUGUCUUUCUGUUUCUUUUAAAAACGACAUUUUAAUCACUCUAAAGGAAGAAGACAGAGAAAUGCAAAGACAGGAAUUAAUUCAUCUUAAGGAGAAUGUAAAAAAAAUGAAAAGCGCCCUUCAUUCGAAGCAGUUGCUUUAUGAUGCUAACAAGAAAGAAAUGGCGUUAGCGAUGGAGAAGUUGAAAUCGGAAGAACAGUCACGAAAGUCUUUACAAAAGGAAAUCGAAAGGAUUUCUAAACAGUUAGUGCUUGUCACAGCCGAUAAGGAGAAAUUGGUGGAAAAGCUAGAACAUUCAAAGACGGACCUCAUGUUGUUAAAGCAACAUAAAAUUGACGAUCAUCCCGUUAACAAAGUUCCCAUAAUGCUCAAAUGUAUUCGGAAACAGUCCCUACUAAUCGAUAACUUAUUAAGGCAAAUAUCGUGCUUGGAACAGUCGAAAAACUUAUUGUAAAGCAUAGUCUAAUCGCAUUCCCAAAUAAUAUUAUUUUAAUACGCCCUUUUAAAUGCAGUCCUGUUUUGCUUGUCACGCGCAUUAUCAUGUACGAGAAUACAAUAGUGUUAUUUGACGAA